UAGUAACCGCUUGGUGACGCCUGUGGCAGAAACACGGAAGAAGAAGAGUUUAUUCAAGGCGUUUGGGGAUUCGCGCGGAUACAUGUACGCGAGUUUCUCCCGGUAUCCUCUCGUGACGAUUCUCCAAUGCGCCCUCGCGUUUUACUCUCAUUCGCAGCGGUUUUAAACGGAGAUGCCUGGAAACACAUUACUGCAUGGACUGAUUCUCUUAUGUUCAAUUCACCCGCUUGUGCUCGCCGAAAAACCGGAUGAUGGCUGUGGUCAUUAUGUCCUUGGGCAAGAGAGUGGUGUCCUUUCCUCCGUGAACUACCCAGGAACUUACCCCAACAACUCCUGGUGUGAAUGGCGAAUCCGCGUACCCAUUGGCCACACUAUUGUCCUCAAGUUUGGAGACCUGAACAUGGAGAAGAAGGACUGUGAGUCUGACUAUUUGAAGGUUCUAAAAGGAUCAUAUGGGGCAGAAAUCGUUUCCUGGGAGUACUGUGGUGGUCUGAUGCCCAAGCCUGCACCGAUUCACACGGACUCCAGCGAACUGACCGUUCGCUUUCGUAGCAGCCAGCAUAUAUCUGGAAGAGGAUUCCUGCUUUCAUACUCCACAGAAAACCACAAAGAGCUGCUGACAUGCUUGGACAGAGGCAGUCAUUUCCCGGUGUCUAACCCGUGUAGGAAGUACUGUCCAGCCGGAUGUGCAGCGGUGACAGGAGACGUGUCUGGGGACAUUUCCCUGGGCUACAGACAUACAUCAGUUUUGUGUAAAUCAGCGGUGCAUGCUGGGGUCAUCAUGGACCAGUUUGGAGGACCAAUCACAGUGGAGAAGCGCCGAGGGCUCAGUCACUACCCUGCGGUCAGAGCCAAUGGCAUCCAGUCAAAAGAUGGCUCGUUGUCUGAAACCCUCUUCACAUUUGUGACAAAGGAUUGCAGUCAACAGACUGUUCUUCAACCUGUGAGCACUGCUACAAGCUUGUCAUCACACAAUAUCUCCACUGACGGGUCUGAAGUCGACUGGUUUUCUAACAGCACCCAACCAGGUGUCUCUGAUGACCUUAACAACAACCAUCCAAAAUGGCUCCAGAUUGACCUCGGAGAAAAGAGGAGGAUGACAGGUAUUCUGACCACAGGCUUGACUAUUGCAGGCUUCGGAUAUUUUGUAAUGAAAUACAAGAUCCAGUACAAAGAGAAGAGUCGCUGGCGAACAUUUGUCCAGUAUAAUAACUCUGAUGAUAUGAUCUUUGAAGGAAAUACUGAUAGCCUCCACCAAACACGCAACACUUUCCAUCCCUCCAUCGUAGCACGAAGCAUUCGAGUCGUACCUCAACAGUGGCACCGGAUAAUCGCUAUGAGAGUGCAGCUACUGGGCUGUCCUUAUGUUAAACCCAUCCCAGCAGUGAAUUCAUCAUCUCUGGUAACACAGGAGGCCCAGCCUACACAGCCCAUUCACAAUGACAUGACCAAACCAGUGGCCUCUCAGGCUGAUCUUGUUAAUCUGGUCGUAAUAAUUGUACCCACCAUUCUGCUUGUGGUCUUGCUUCUGGUGGCAAUCUGCGUGGUUAAAACGCUAUACAAUAAGAAGACAAAGGAGAACACAUAUGGCUCUGCGGAGACACAUACAGAAUGGCUGACAGUUGAAAGGUUAUUGUCUGCAGGCUGUUGGGGACAGAUAAAACAGCCGUUUGCCAGGCACCAGUCCACAGAGUUCACCAUCAAGUACAGCUCUGAGAAAGACCCCAUCCAGAAGCUGGACCUGGUAACCAGUGCAAUGGCAGCUGAGUACCAGCAGCCUCUCAUGCUCGGCACAGACACUGUGUCCCGAAAAGGCUCGACGUUCAGACCCAUGGACACCGAGGCCAAAGACAAGGACAUCAAGGCAACUUCUCACUACGACCACCUGCAGACGGGCAUCCAGUACGCCCUGCCACUUACCAAUCAGGAGCCAGAAUACGCCACGCCCAUCAUCGAGCGCCACGCCUUCCGCAAAGAUCCCUUCCUUCCGGAUCCCAGCUACAGCGUCCCAGGCGUUGUACUAAACAAAAGCCCGUCGUUUCGAGCGGUGGAGGGCAGUAACUGUAGGAAUGUGAUCGGAGGGCUGGCUGGGGGCUACCAGGUGGCCCAAAUCAAAACGGAAAGGGGGAAUUACCCAGAAGACACCUACGACAGCCCUAAUAUCCAGAAGCCCACCAUGCAGAAUGGGAAUUGCUCGGAGUACCAGAGACCCCAGAUUAAAUCCCAGGUUCAAGAGUGCUAUUCCACUCCCAGAGACUGCGUCAGACUGCCUUUCUCCGGACUCAGGCCAGACCCAGAGGGCAGCAGCUCAGAAGGAAGCUGAGAAGAACCAUACUGUGAUGUUGCCUGAUUUACCUGACUCAACAAAAUCACCUCCAGACUACUUAACUUAUUUGUGAAUGAGGGACAACUUUUUUUGUAUAUAUGAUGUACU